UUUAAAUUUAAGUAAUAGGAUAAAAUAAACCAAAAUUUAAAAGGGACAAUACCAGAGUAAGUAGGGUGUUAGUUAAAAAUAAGCCAUGACUCACACCACUUGCUGGAACUCAUGUGCAGUUUGAGAGUUAAUAGCAGGAACAGAAAGAGUCAAUUACACACACUGGGUCAUCAUCAAUCAUAGAGGUCAGUUGGGUUAGCUUAUGAACAUAAGCUGCUUUGAUGCAUCUUUCACUAUGGAAGCCAAUUUCUCACUGUGCUGCUUUAAUCUUGGACAAAAAAGGCAAAAAGAAAAAUGGGUCAACAAACCCUUAUGCACCAGAUGAAAUCAAGAAAAACCCAUCUGUGUUAAGAAGAUUACAAGAACACAAACUCAGAGAAGCUCUCGAAGAAGCUUCGGAAGAUGGGUCACUAAUUAAAUCUCUGGAUGUUGACUCUGAAUCUGCAGUCAACAAUCAAGAUGAAGGGUUGGGAAGAUCUCGAUCUCUCGCACGACUCGAAACCCAAAAAGAAUUCCUCAGAGCAACCGCACUCGCUGCGGACCGAACGUUCGAAACCGAAGAAUCGAUCCCGGAUCUCCACCAGUCGUUCUCGAAGUUCCUCACAAUGUAUCCGAAGUAUCAAUCUACCGAAAAGAUCGAUCAUUUGAGGUCAGAUGAUUAUUCCCAUUUAUCCGAAUCUGGUCCAAAGGUAUGUCUUGAUUAUUGUGGAUUCGGGUUGUUUUCGUUUCUGCAAACAGUUCAUUAUUGGGAGUCGUCUACGUUUACUUUAUCUGAAAUAACUGCAAAUUUAAGUAAUCAUGCUCUUUACGGUGGUGCUGAGAAAGGAACGGUGGAACACGAUAUAAAGACUCGGAUUAUGGAUUAUUUAAACAUCCCGGAGAACGAAUACGGUCUUGUUUUCACCGUCAGUAGAGGUUCUGCGUUCAAACUUCUAGCGGAAUCAUACCCUUUUCACACGAAUAAAAAGCUGUUAACGAUGUUUGAUCACGAGAGCCAGUCGGUUAAUUGGAUGGCUCAGAGUGCUAAGGAGAAAGGCGCUAAAGUUCAGAGCGCGUGGUUUAAAUGGCCGACGCUUAAACUCUGUUCCACCGAUUUACGGAAACAAAUUUCAAACAAAAAGAAGAAGAAAAAAGAUUCGGCUGCUGGUUUAUUCGUUUUUCCGGUCCAGUCGAGAGUUACAGGUGCUAAGUAUUCGUAUCAGUGGAUGGCUUUGGCUCAACAAAACAAUUGGCAUGUGUUGCUUGAUGCCGGGGCGUUGGGUCCGAAAGACAUGGAUUCACUCGGGUUAUCGCUUUUUCGGCCUGAUUUUAUCAUCACGUCUUUCUAUCGGGUUUUCGGGUUCGACCCGACUGGAUUCGGGUGCCUUCUUAUAAAGAAAUCGGUUAUAAGAAGUCUUCAAAACCAAUCUGGCCAUGCUGGAUCCGGUAUAGUUAAGAUCAGCCCUGUUUUUCCUUUAUAUUUGAGUGAUUCCGUUGACGGAAUCCCAGGAUUGACUGGGAUCGAAGACGAAGAAACUGGCGGGAAUGUUGAUGAACCGUCGGAAAGUCGGCCCGGCCCGCAAUUACCCGCGUUUUCCGGCGCGUACACUUCUGCUCAAGUGAGAGAAGUGUUCGAUACUGAAAUGGAGCAAGAUAACAUCUCUGAUAAAGACUGCACGAUUUUCGAAGAUAGUGAGACCUUUUCGGUUGGUGAGGUGAUGAAGAGUCCGGUUUUUAGUGAAGAUGAGUCAUCUGAUAACUCGUUAUGGAUCGAUCUUGGGCAGAGCCCAUUAGGGUCUGAUUAUGGUGGUGGCGAAGUGAACAAUAAGCAUGGGAAUUCAACGUCUCCCCUGCCACCGUUUUGGUUCACGGGUCGGAAUAAAAACAAACAGAUAUCGUCUCCUAAACCGACUUCAAAGAUAGCUAAUAGUCCCAUAUACGACAACGAAGCUCGAAUGUUGUCAUUUGAUGCAGCUGUUAUGUCGGUUUCUCAAGAAUUGGACCGAAUAAAGGAAGAUCCGCAAGAAGAUCACUUUAUGGAGGCGACGAACAACACUCCCAAUCAUCACAAUUUUCACGAGAUCGAAGAAGAAGAAACCGAGACGAGCAAAUGGGAAAACGGGUCGAGCUCGAAAAUCACUUCUCAGGCAAAAGAAAGUGCCAUAAGACGGGAAACCGAGGGGGAGUUUCGGUUGUUGGGACGGAGAGAAGGGAAUCGGUUUCCGGGUAGUCGACGACUUUUCGGGGUCGAUGAAAUCGAGCAAGAUUCUGGAAGCAAGGGAAGACGGGUAUCGUUUACGUUACAAGAACAGAGUAAAAGCGGAGAGUUUUCAGCUGCGAAUGUGGAAGAUGAUGAUUAUAUUAGUGAUGGAGAUUACGGUGAAGGUCAAGAAUCUAGCAGGAGGGAACCCGAGAUCAAAUGUAAGCAUCUUGAUCAUGUAAACAUGUUGGGUCUUAACAAAACCACUCUUCGACUACGGUUUUUGGUGAAUUGGCUUGUGACAUCACUGCUUCAGUUACGAAUACCUGGUUUAAACGGGCAAGACAGUGUGCCACUGGUUCACAUAUACGGGCCGAAGAUCAAAUAUGAACGGGGUGCAUCGGUGGCAUUUAAUGUUAGAGACAGAAAUAAAGGUUUAAUCAAUCCCGAAAUCGUUCAGAAAUUGGCGGAAGCUAACGGGAUCUCUCUUGGUAUCGGGAUACUUAAUCAUAUACGGAUCUUGGAUAGCUCAAAACAGCAGCGGGGGGCUCCAAAACAUGACGAUACGACACUUUGCACGCCGAUGGAGAACGGAGGGCAUAAUGGGAAAAGUGGGUUUAUUCGGGUUGAAGUGGUGACAGCUUCUUUGGGGUUUUUGACUAACUUUAGUGAUGUCUAUACACUAUGGGCUUUUGUUGCAAAGUUCCUGAAUCCAGAUUUCAACAAGGAAAGCGUACUUUCGACUGUUGUGGAAGAUGAAGAAUAAUAAUAUAUAAGUUGCUUUGUGUUUUGAGGUUUAAAAUGUGAGAUCAUUCAGGUGCAGCAAGAAAUGGUUAUAAAGGUACUAUCUUUUUCUUCUGGGCCUGAAUCUUGAUGUCAUUCUUGGACAUAAGCUGAUGAUGUAUUUGUUCAUUCUUAUGUUUUUAUUAGCUUCAUGGUUUUAAUUCUAUAAAUUCCAGAGGUUUCAGGUCUAGAAUAGCUUUCAUAUCCCAGUAAUCUUUAUCACAAAACGCCUUCCGCUACAUAUGCAUCAUGUUUCUUGAAACCACAUUUUUGAAAUCUUGAUAUGUUUUUAUUCGGG